AUGACAUGUACCAAGGUCACAAAACAAACAUGUUCACGAGGUCAUUUGUUGUCGCUUCCCUGCUCCCAGAGUCAAAAAGCAUGCCGUUUCUGCAUUCAAGAAGAUGGCAUCAAAGCGCGUAAGCAUGAGCGCGAUGUCAAGUUAGAAGCGAAUCGACAGAAAAGGCUAGCUUUAUACGCCCAGCAGCUUGCAGAGGCUCAAGACGAAGCUAGUCACUUGAGACGUGUGCGAAAGGAUAAAUUUGACGACGAAGAACGAGCCAAGAUUCUCCAACAGCAUCAACAAGAGAUUCAAAACUUGAAGAGUAGCCCGGCACAGAAACCCUCCAAUCCAGAAAGGAAGAAUCUCAGGGAAAGCUCUACAAGUCCGAAACCUGCCAGCAGAGAAACCAAGAUGUCCUCCAUAGAUGAUGCUCGAAGCCAGGAUGAUGAAGCUACAACCCCGAGAGCUCCCCAGAGUAUGCCAGAUAAAAAGCCAUCCGAGGCAAAGUCUGAAUGGGACUAUCAAAAGAAAUUCUGCAUGGCCCAAAGCAAGGAAUUCGACGAGUUAAUGGAUAUGGUGGGACUGGAGUCUGUGAAGGCAAAGUUCCUGGCUAUCAAGUCAAAGGUCGACACCUCUAUUCGCCAAGGGGUGAAUUUAGAUCGUGAAAGAUUUGGAUCUGUACUGCUUGGCAAUCCAGGGACUGGCAAGACGACAGUGGCCCGUCUCUAUGCUAGAUUUUUGGCAGCCGUGGGAAUCAUCCCAGGGCAGCAGUUUACCGAGACGACUGGCUCCAGGCUUGCAAAUGAAGGUGUCUCUGGGUGCCAAAAACUUAUUGACGAUACCUUGAAAGAAGGCGGAGGAGUGAUCUUCAUCGACGAAGCUUAUCAGCUUGUAUCAGGUAGCAGCUUUGGCGGGACCGUUCUUGACUUUCUUCUGGCCGAAGUAGAGAACCAAACCGGGAAGAUUGUCUUCAUUCUUGCUGGAUACGAACGUCCAAUGGAAACCUUCUUCGCGCACAACCAAGGGCUUCCUAGCCGUUUCCCACAUCAGUUGAAGUUUGAGGACUUUGACGACACCGAGUUGAUGGAAAUCAUGCAGGGCUGGAUUGAGAAGACAUAUAAAAAGCUGAUGAAAGUUGAUGGAGGUCUGGGAGGGCUCUACUGUCGCAUUCUAGCUCGACGAAUUGGACGCGGACGCGGACGCGGACGUGAAGGCUUCGCAAAUGCAAGGGCUGUGGAAAACGCCAUGUCACGAGUUUCCGAGCGGCAGUCUGAGAGGCUCCGCCAACAGAGACGCCAAGGUGGCUCGAAAGUUGACGACUUCUUCUUUGACAGACGUGACUUGAUUGGCCCAGAUCCAUCCAACGCCCUCAAGUCAUCCAAAGCAUGGGAGAGACUACAGUCUAUGAUUGGAUUGAGCUCUGUGAAAAAGACCGUUGAGGCUCUCUUGGACACAAUGCAAUACAACUAUCAACGCGAGCUACAUGAACAGCCAUUGGUAGAGUAUAGCCUCAACCAAGUGUUUCUCGGAAACCCAGGAACAGGAAAAACAUCGAUCGCGAAGAUAUAUGGCCAGAUACUUGUGGACAUUGGGCUCUUAUCCAAUGGUGAAGUGGUCGUCAAAAACCCAUCCGACUUUGUUGGAAGCGUGAUAGGAGAGUCUGAGAAAACAACCAAAGGCAUUCUUGCAGCUACGCUCGGGAAGGUAUUGGUCAUUGAUGAAGCAUACGGUCUUUUUGCUGGGGGAACAUCGAAUGACACUGGGGCCAGGAGUGACCCCUACAGAACUGCCGUGGUGGAUACCAUUGUGGCUGAAGUACAAAGCACACCUGGUGAUGAUAGAUGCGUCCUUCUUCUUGGCUACAAGGAUCAAAUGCAGCAAAUGUUCCAGAAUGUCAAUCCUGGCCUCACUCGUCGAUUUCCCAUGGACCAAGCCUUUGUUUUCGAAGAUUUCACGCAGAAAGAGCUGGGUCAGAUCCUUGAUUUGAAGUUAAGAGAACAAGCAUACAGUCUUACCGACCGUGCUCGACGUGUUGUUGCAGAAAUGCUCGAGCGGUCUCGAAACAGACCCCAUUUUGGAAAUGCGGGUGAAAUUGAUAUCCUGCUCAAUGCAGCAAAGAUGCAUCAUCAGAAGCGAAUCUCAACCAACAAAUCUACUGGUCACAUCACAAAUGCUGUUCUCGACGCUGUUGACUUCGACGAAAACUUUGAUCGUGCAGACAACUCCGACGCGAGCGUUUCAAAGAUGUUCGAGGGCGUGGUAGGAUGCGAAAGCAUCAUAUCAAAGCUGAGAGGAUAUCAAAAGAUUGUCAAGGAUCUUAGGUCGCUGGGUAUGGAUCCUCAGGAACAGUUGCCGUUCAACUUCGUCUUCCGCGGUCCACCGGGAACCGGUAAAACAAGUACUGCGAGGAAGAUGGGCCAGGUUUACUAUGACAUGGGCAUGCUCGCAUCAAACGAGGUAAUUGAAAUCUCCGCAACAGAAUUGAUCGGUCAAUAUGUCGGACACACUGGCCCAAAGACUCAGAAGGUCUUGGAGCGUGGUCUUGGGAAAGUUCUCUUCAUAGACGAAGCAUACCGCCUUUCGGAUGGCCACUUUGCUAAGGAGGCCAUGGAUGAGCUCGUGGACUGCAUAACGAAGCCAAAAUUCUUCCAAAAAAUGAUCAUCAUCCUGGCCGGCUAUGAUGCCGAUAUAAACAGGCUCAUGUCGAUCAACACUGGUUUGACCAGUCGUUUCCCGGAAUCGCUUCAGUUUGACCCCCUUUCUUCAAAGGACUGCAUUCAUUUACUUGAUCAACAAUUUUUGAAACUGAAAAACGAUCUUUCAAGCAAAUCAAGUGUGGAGUUUGACAUCACCUGCCUGCAAAAGCGAGACACCGAGUUCGAAAAAGAAAUGAUGCAGUGUUUUGAGACUCUCUCUCAAACUGCAAGCUGGGCCAAUGCACGAGACGUUGAAACUUUGGCAAAGGCCAUCUUUGGAAAGGCCAUACAGUCAAGCAAAGUUUCAGAUGGAAAGAAGUUGCUACUGAGCAAGGAAAUUGUGAUGGAGCAGCUGUCUGCUAUGAUAGAUGAGCGCCGCAAACGUGAAGGACAACCCAAGCAGAGAAUCUUCACCUCCCAUGCGGAGAAAACCCUGCCUAUUCGUUUACAUGCCUUGGACCAGCCACCGACUCAAAUUGACAGCCAAUCAAGCAUGGCAUCCAGUGUUGAAUCAAAUACGGCAAUGGAUCCUGAAACACACAAGAAAGCCGAGAUUUCUGAUCGUGAUCACGAGGUGACGGAUGAAGUCUGGAAUCAGCUGGAGAAAGACAAGGCUACAGCCAAAGCAAGGGACGAGGAGUAUGAGCGCGUGCAACAAGAACUUGAAGAGCAAAAGAAAGAAAUAUUGCGACUUAAAGAGGAAGCGGACAAUGCCGAAAGAAAAGCCCAGGAAGCGAAAGUGAAAGCAGAUGAGGAAUCAAGACGACUGCAUGAGCAAGCCCGAUUGGAGCAUGAAAGGAGACGCAGAGAGGACGAAGAAGUUGCAAGGGAGCUUGAACGGAGACGGGCAGUCAUGCAAGAGGCUCAUCGAAAAGAACAGGCCAAUCAAAUGAAGCUCAAGUCGAUGGGUGUCUGUGUUAUGGGAUAUCGCUGGAUCAAGCAGAGUGGUGGGUAUCGCUGUGCCGGUGGUAGCCAUUGGGUAUCAGAUGCCCAGCUUCAGUGA